AUGGCAUCUAUACAUUCUCGGCUUUCGCCAAGCUCAUCGUCCCCCUACGACUUCGAUUCUAUUCCUGACGAGGAGUCAUGGCAGUAUAUCGACUACACAGGAGCCAACUCCGGUCCAUCAUCCAUUGGCUUUCUAUCAGACCCUGCUAGUGGAAGCUUGGGAAGCUUCACCAUGGUUGGAAAUGUCAAUGGAACACCAUCGCCCUUUAUGCCCUCCAACACUCAAAAUUCCUACGCUACUUCUCCGCCAUACGCACCCGGGAACAACUCUUCACCAUUCAUGCCAAGGAACACACCUUCUCCCUCAGCUUCCUCUCCUUUGAUACUAGGCGAUUUGGAUCAAACAGCCUUUUUUGCAAACAAUGCCUCCUUUCAAGCUCCAUCAGACAACGCCAACUCAGACAUGUUUACAACCACAACAGACGGGGGGUUCGGACAAACACAGGGGUUCUUAACACCUCAGCAAUACCUUUUCUCGCAGCAAGAUACAACUCAAUUGCAACCACAGGACUUGAAUGGUAUGCCGGAGAAGCGGGGGAUGGCCUCUACUUCAGUGCAGGGUGCUGAUACUGCUACAGACAUGACGCUCAUGCAAAACUUUGGAACUAGCAUGUUCUCGAUGGACGUCAACAGCCAGGUUCAAAUGCCGCAGAUGAAUUUUAACAUGCAGCCACCAAUGCAGUCAGAUCCUAAUGUCCCGCCAUGGAACCAGACCAAUAUGCGAGGCAGCGAGAGUGUCUUCACCAUGGAUGACUUUAAUAACUCUCCGUCACCUGCAAGCAACUACUCACAGACGUCGUUCCCUAGUUCAAAAGCGAGCCCUAAUGGGAGCAAGUCUCCAACAUCGAUACCGAUUCGAAAGGUCAAUGUUGGAAAGGUCGAGAAGAAGAAGAAGGCGACAAAAGAACAAUCUGGCAAGUUUGUCAUUGUGACUCCUAAUUCAAUCUCAGCUCACGCCGGCCGCCCUAAUCCUUUCGAGUGCUUCGAGGCUAUGAAUCGAACAAGUCAGCGAGGACGUAAGGGACCGUUGGCGAAUGCUACUAAGGAGAAUGCAUUGCAGGUUCGUAGACAUGGUGCCUGCUUCUGUUGUCACAGUCGCAAGGUCAAGUGCGAUCUUGAACGUCCCUGCAAGAACUGCAGGAAGAUCACAGUCCAGGUUCCCCAGGUCGUAUGUUGGCGAUUCAACGACUUCCUGGGCAUUCUGUUCCCCGACUAUAUCCGCGGACAUCUGGCUAAAGAUCAGAUGACCAAGUUUUUCUCGGAGAACAUUGCUGGCUUCCAUGUUCAGGGGGUUGAGCAAGUGUGCUCUAUUGAACUCUUCUCAGGCCCACUGUUCAAUACGGUUCUGGCAAUACAGGCCAAGCUCUUCACACCAAAGACGGACGAGGUCAGAAGUCACUGGCAGCUCCAGAAUGUGGGAGGGAACAGGGUUGAGUUGAAGAGCAACAGAGCAGCCAACAUCGGCGUUGAGCUCGCCAACACUGCCGAGAAGGACACUCUAAAGAAACGGACAAAGAGGUACAUCCAGGAGCUUCUUACCGAGCCGUACUUUGUCGACCAAGUCACGGACAACUUCCAAAGCACAUGUUUGCCCCAGAAGGUGCUGCAGAUUGUCAAGCAGUAUGCAGACGAGACCGAGUCACUCAUGGUCAAGCGUGCCCUGUCCAUCUACUGCAUGCACUACAUUAUGACGAGGCAACUCUGCCUUACCCGACAGACCGCUGAUGUCCUUCGAUCAACCGGCCUGAUCGACCAGGGUGACGACUAUGUGACGCCCCGAGUCCUCGCACGACAGAUCAAGUCAAUUGUAGACGAGCUUAUGCAGCGGGAAAUGUCACAGCUGUUCGAUCUCUUCACAAAGUCACUCAAGCCCAAGUCUCGGCGCGAGUGGGCGCCUUGCACCGCCGCCUUCCUCGUCCUCUGCCUCUUCAUGGAGGCGGUCGAGACGGCAGCUGACAUUUUUGUCAUCUCACAGAACGAGAUCAACAUGAGGAAGAGCGCAAGACCCGAGUACGAGAGAAGCCUCGCGCUGAACACCUGUGCCGAGGUUGAGAACAUGCCCUUUAGGCAGUUCGCCUACCAGUUCCACCAGAUUUAUCAGACACAUAGCAAGGAGGCCAACACGAAAGGCUUCAACCCCUUGCUCGACAGUGGCUUUGCCGAAAAGGGCGAGCUGGAUGGACCGGCCAUCAAGUUCUCGGCCCAACUGAGAGAAUUAUUGUUUGGUGAAAGUUGGCAGGAGUUGCAAUUCCUAGCAGCAAACGACUGGCUCAACAACAACGCGAGCCAUCCUUUCCCGAUGGACCCCCAGACACUGUACACUGGACGCCUCGUGGCGAGGUUUCUCGUGUCGUUCCAGGAUGACAGAGCCAUAUUCGGAGACGCAGUUUGA